UCCGACAGAAGGCGGAGAAGUCAGAUCUGGCGGCAAAACCGGCAAAACUUCUUGGCGGUGUUGGUGUUCUGCUUGUCCGGUUUUGUCUACUCUUGUUAUUGUAUGCUGUUGAGAGGAAACUGACAUCAUGCUGGGGAAGAGAAGGGGAGAGAGCCACGUGAACGACUCCCUCCAGGUGUCUUCACUGUCAGACCUUUCUCCAAGUAAAAAGCCACGAGAUUCGCUGUCUCAGGGCAGUCAGUCGGAAGACACAACUGGCAUAGGAAUAAUCGAGUCAAUCAAGCUCAAGAACUUCAUGUGUCAUUCGAAGCUAGACUUCCAAUUUGCGGAUCGAGUGAACUUCAUUGUUGGUAGGAACGGAAGCGGCAAAAGUGCUAUCUUGACUGCGCUUAUUGUUGGCCUCGGUGGCAAAGCAGCCAGUGCAUGCCGAGGGACAAGCGUCAAAGGUCUCGUCGAAACUGGAACGCGGUCUGCAGAGGUGACAGUGCAGUUGAGUAACAAAGGACCCGAUGCAUAUCGACCGGGUGUCUAUGGCGGUUCAAUUAUUGUGCAACGACGCCUGAGUCACGACGGAUCUUCCAGCUAUAAGAUAAAGGCAGCAAAUGGCACCGUUGUCUCUUCAAAACGUGAAGAGCUACUCUCUAUCUUGGACCACUUCAAUGUGCAGAUUGACAACCCUGUGAUGGUCCUGAAUCAGGAGACCAGCAGAAACUUCCUGCAGAGCAAGAGCCCAGGGGACAAGUAUCGUUUUUUCAUGAAGGCUACACAGCUGGAGAAGCUGAAGGCAGAUUAUCACAGGAUUGAAGAGGAAUGCAUUGAAACAGAGAUUGAAGUAGUCCGAAAAGAAAAGCUGCUUCCAGAGGUGGAGCGCGAAGUGAGACGUUGCGAGAAGCUGUGGCGUCGUCUGCAGAGCAUGGAUAAUCAGCGGCAGAAGCUGGAACACCUGCAGAAGGAACUUCUCUGGGCCAAAGUAGCACAAGAAGAGCAGGUUCUUCAAGAGAAGGACAACGUAUGCCGCAAGGAAGCCCACAACUUGGAGAAGCUGAAGGAAAAGAUAGAAAAGAUGGAGGGCAGGGUGACAUCUCAAGUCGACGCACAGCAAGCACUGCAGCAAGAAUUGAAUGAGACAAUGAAACAGAUAAAAGAUACACAACCAGAGUCUUCAGCCUCUCGAAAGCAGUUUUUGGCAGCCAAAGAAAAAUUGAAAGAAUGCGAGGCCGGGAUUCAAAGAAUAGAACGAGAGGUCCACCAAAAGAAGAAAGAAACCACUAUUUUGAAAGACAGGAUCGAAGAACUCAGAUCAGUCGACCACAACCGAGCUACCCAGGAGAAAGAGAGACGUGAGAAACAGCUUGGUGAAAUAGAAGAAAGGAUGGGAGAAUUGCGCUCGGAGCUGAACACAGUGGAACACCACCUCAAGCAAGUGAAAGGAUCUGAAAGUGCAGGAGCUCAAAGGCUUCACAUGAUUCGAAGUGAACUGGGUGAGCUGAAGGAGCGCAGAGCAGCCACCCUGGGCAGCAUCCGCAACCUACAAGCGAGCAAGAGCAACAACCUGCAAAGGUAUGGGGCCAGUAUGCCGAGGCUUCUGCAGGCCAUAGAAAAUGCCAUGCGAGCCAGAAAAUUUAGGAAACCUCCCAAAGGACCCUUGGGGUCGCUGCUGAAGCUAAAGGAUUCUCAGUGGGAUCUGGCAACAGAAUCGUGUCUUCGGGGUGUCCUUCUUGCUUUUCUCUGUGACAACGACCAGGACGCAAGAACCUUACGCUCAGUUAUGGGACAGGUGAUGGGAAAUGAAAGGAAGCCAUCCAUCAUUGUUAGUUCAUACAUGGGAAAGAUUUACAACUACGAACGUGAAGCAUUGCGCUCAAAUAGGUACAUCAGUGUGCUGGAAAACCUGGAUAUUGAAGAUCCAGAUGUGGUCAACUGCCUCAUUGACCAGCGUUCGAUUGAAAAAAUUGCGCUGAUACCGACGAACCACGAAGCCCGUAGCUCUCUGAUGCACAUUGACACCGUGCCCAGAAAUUGCUGGGAGGCUUUCACUGCUCAGGGAGACCAGUUGUAUCCAGCUCCUAGUUUCAGAUACUACUCUUCUGCAAAGAAUCGGGCCGAGCUCCUGAAAGUGGGCGUCGACGAUCAGAUCAGAGAGAAGUCUGCAGAACUAGAAGAGAUCGAGAAGCGAUCAAAUGAAUUAGAGUCAAUGUUGAGGACACUCCAACAGGACCUCACUCAACAUCGCAAUGAGUCGUGCACAAUAACGAAACAACUGGAGAGACUGCGGCGGGAGGACAUGGAACUGCGGUCUCGUGCUGAUGAGUUGCGGAGGGUUGAAGAUCCUGAACCGACGAACAUCGCCACCUUGGAAGAUGCACUAGCGGAAUUGGAGAACGAAAUGCAAACAUUGCAGUCCCAGAGAAGCGAUGCACAGAAAACGUUUUCUGAGCUCCGCGCCAUGUGCAAAGCGGCUUCUGAUGAAGUACGCAAGAAAGAAGAAGCAAGGAAACAGCUACUAGCAAGUGCGGAGACAACAAAGGAAAAGCUAAUUCAGGCUGAUUCAGAACUGCAAAAGGUCAAAGGCAUGAAUGCUUCACAUAGAGAUCAAAUCUCUAUGGUGGAGAGACGAUGUGCAGACGCUGAACAAGAGAGGAAGAUUUACGAGAGGAAUGUUGAGAAACUGAGUCGUGAGGCAGUUGCGGUGGCUCCGGAAAGGAUUUCGACACGCAGAACCGUGACAACCAUAACGAAUGAAAUUGAAGCCAUUAAAGAGCAGUUGGAGGAAGAAGCUUCAAGAACAGAAAGCAGAGAAACAGUGGAGAGCCGAUACGCACAGGCGAAAGAAAGAUACAACGACAUGAAAGCUAAUGUUGGGCAGCUCAGAGAGUUUGUCAAGAGACUACAGGAUAGCUUGAAGGAACGUCAUGAGAAGUACUGCGCACUGUGCGAAAAGACAGUGCUGAGGCUGCGGCUCAUCUUCUCCUCAACGCUGCUACAACAGAAUUUCACUGGCCGCCUUGAGUUCAACCACGAAAAGCAACAGCUGCACAUUCAGGUGAAGCCCAGUGAACAGAACAGUCAGCUGCAGCAGGACCUGAAGGCACUGUCUGGUGGGGAACGUUCCUUCUCCACUGUAUGCUUUGUGCUGGCCCUGUGGGACACCAUGGAGUGCCCAUUUAGAGUCAUGGAUGAGUUUGACAUCUUCAUGGACAUGGGCAAACGACGCGUAAGCCUGGAGAUGAUACUGGAAAUGACGAGAUGCAAAGAACAAAGCCAGUUUGUUUUCCUGACACCCAUAGAACUUCCUGCCAUUUCAGCGUUCAGCACUGUCAACAUUAUGAUGAUGCCUGAGCCUCGUAGGUCGAACGGUGUCGUCAGAGAGCAUGCUCAAAUGCAAGCGGUUGAAGAUGCAGAGAGUUAAUGACCAAAGCACAAAACACUCAGUAGCUGUAGGUUGUGAAUAUAGAGCAAGAGUAACAAAAUACUACUUAACUUGAUGCAUGUUGUCAUCUCACGCGCAAUCUCAAUGCUUAUGAACAAAGAACAGCAGGAGACAACUCUUAGCUUCUUUCGAUACGUCUAAGUCAAUGCAUUUGUGUUUCAGCAAAUAUUUUAGUGACAUUUAAUUAUAGUAUUUCUCUACAUUUAUAAUCGCUGGCAAGUGCUGCCGGAAGGCCUAGGAAUACUAGGCGAAAGGAAUACUUUUAUUGUUGUUGUCUUACAUGUAAUGUAAAAGCAACUUGCAUGCAUUUGAGACAAUAUAUCUGUGACAGUGUUUUAAUUUUUUGUGCUUCACUGCAACCUUGUUUAUAAUGGAAGUAGAUGCCAUCCUCUAUAAUUAUACCGGUUGAUUAAAGGUAUUUUGUGUGUGCA